CGGCGGCGGCUCCGCGCAGCGCCGCGCGCCAUGGAGGCGCAGGCACAGGGCCUGUUGGAAACACAGUCUUUGCAUGAAGCAGAUGAAGACGUGGUCACUGAUGUCGACUUCACCAGUAUGAUUUCUGAAGAAGAGAAAGAAGAGUUAAAGACUGAGCUAGCUAAGCUAGAGGAUGAAAUCUCAACUUUGCGGCAAGUGUUAGCAGCCAAAGAAAAGCACCUGGUGGAAAUUAAACAGAAACUUGGCAUAAGUCUGAUGAAUGAACUGAAGCAGAACUUCAGCAAAAGCUGGCAUGAUAUGCAGACAACUUCUGCUUACAAGAAAACACAUGAAACCCUGAGCCAUGCAGGACAGAAGGCCACAGCAGCUAUCAGCAAUGUAGGAACUGCUAUCAGCAAGAAGUUCGGAGACAUGAGAUCGCAUUCAAUUAGUUACUCCAUUCGCCAUUCCAUCAGCAUGCCGGCCAUGAGGAAUUCUCCAACGUUCAAAUCAUUUGAGGAGAAGGUUGAGAGCACUGUCACAAACCUUAAGACCAAGGUUGGUGGGACGGCUCCCGCCGGCGGCAGCUUUGAAGAGGUUCUCAGCUCCACGGCGCACGCGAGCGCCCAGAGCACCCUGGCCGGCAGCCGCCUUCCCGAGAACGAGGAGGAGCUGCAGUGCUAGAGGCGCUGCUGCAGCGAGGCCCGGCCCGGCCCGGCCCGCCAGCAGCGGCCCCACGUCCCUCGCCGCCCGACUUGUGCAACGAGGUGUUGUCAGCUUUGGAGAAUUGCCUCACGGACCUUGUGCGGGAGCACUUCUGCCUCUCUGUAUUUGUAUUUCGGGUGGGCCAUUUCAUCAUCAUUUUGUAUGCCAUCGGAAGCGCACRGAAGUAACUGACUGACUUAACAUUAUAGGAUUUAAGAGUGUUUUAAGUGACCAAAUGGGCUUUCAUUUUCAGGUAACUUGCCUCCAAAAUUCUCCUGCCGUGUUUCUUACUGCUUUGAUUUUCCCGCGUUCGUUCUGUUUCUGUUGGUUUGCAUCCCCUUCUCGGUGCCACAACAGAUAGAUGCACCUGGGGCUGUGCAGAGACUUGUGCUGCCUGCAGGAGUCCGUGUGCCGGCUGCCUGGGCUCGGAGUGUCCACACGGGCCGUUUUCCUAACGCAAUUCCAAUAGGUGAUUGUCACAGAAACAUGGGGUUCCUGUGUCACUGAUGCAGUCUGAUACUGCCMUCUAUCCACUAGGCAGCCGUGACAGGGAGAACAGGAAGAGACAGCAGUUUUUCCUGUGGGAAGCUCCUUCCAGCUGCUGACCCAAGCUCACCAGUGUGGCUGGAAAAGCUUCUUUUAAAACCACGUUCUGGUGCUCGCUGUCUGCAGCUUGGUAAGAAACUCACUGGUAGAAACUGCUGACAACGGGAAGGGAUGGGGGGAAGCCUGUCAUGAUUCUGCCUCGGUAUCGGCCCCUCAAAAGAAAAGGGGAGGUAACUUUCUAACUGAGCAGCAUGAGCCUCAUUGCAAUUACAUCCUUAAAAGAAAGAAACCUGAACAGGGAUUGAUUAAAGAUGUGCCAUAGGCAGGAGAGCCCCUGUGCUCCAGUGUACCCAGGACAUGCAGCUACUCCACUUCUUGCUCCAGAUUUUGCCCUGCUUCCCUGGCAAAAUUCCACUUCAYAGCUAGUUAGUCAGCAAGAGGCAGCUGGCUCUCCCAGCUUGGGUGCAGCCUGUUUUCUUGCCUCCUUUUCACAUUCUUUAAAGAAAAGCACAGCACAUGUGUGAGUGUCUCGCUAAGGAGCACGUGUCAGUCUGCGUGGGCCACGACUCCCUUUGCCAGGCUGAGAUGAGCACAACGUUGCCAAGAGCCGAAGCAGCAUGGGAAGCAGCCUGGGAUGGAUCCUUGUUUGGAGCAUAAGGCAGAGCUUCAAGUCGAUGUCAGCAAGUUCAGCGUGGUACAGUGCUUCAAAUYUUGUGAGGAAACUUGACUGUGAUUUUUUCCUGUGUGGCUUUUGUUUUUACAAAGUUGGAAUAUAUUUCAUAAUGUGCAACUGGAUGUAAGUUAGCUUGGACAUUUCCAUAAACUGCCUCUUUAGUGUGAUGGUAGCAUGGAAGCAUUUAAUUAGGUUUAUUUUAGUACUGUUUGGUUGUGACAGUUUGCUAGC